AUGUUUGCCGGUAAACUCUGUCAUCCAUUGCAAAGUGCAUUGAUUCAAAUUCGUUCAACCUCAACAAAAUUCGGUCCUGUAUGUAAUUUAAUUAAAGAAACAAUCGAAAAAUCUUAUUUAAAACCAUAUCAUGUUGAACUGAUCAAUGAAAGUUAUAAACAUAACGGUUUUAAACCUGGAAAAGAAACUCAUUUACAAUUAACAGUUAUAACACAUGCAUUUGAAGCCAUGCCAAUGCUUGAACGACAUCGACGUUUAAAUGAUCUUGUUAAAGAUAUUGUUAAAGAACAUCAAAUUCAUGCAUUAAGUCUAUAUACACCGAAUCCAACAUUAUGGUAUGAUAGUUUUCGUCGUGGACUUAAGCAGGACGAACAAUAUCGCACACCACCAUGUCUCGGUGGUCGAAUUAAAGAAUUAAGUCAAGAAACAGACCAAAUUAUACAAGAAAAAUCUACUCAAAAUCAAACUAAAUCGAAUGAAACUGUAUAG